AUGAGGGGGCCCCACUGGAGGAAGGUCCCCUGGGUGUCCCUGAGCUGCUUAUGUUCCUGCCUCCUUUGGCCCAUGGUCCUGGGAACAACCACAACCUCACUAAGGACAGACAGCAAGAAAAGCACAGUAACAUCACUACCCUCAACAACUUCCCAGACCCUUACAACCUCCACUCCCGGCACAUCCACAGGUGCCUCAACAGCUGCCCCGGUCCCUCCCAAGCCCGAGAAAGGCGUUUCCCUCUUCCCCUACGGGUCAAGUGUUGGAGACCAGCAGUUUGUCAGGAGGAUUUUGGACUUCGCUUCGCCGCUCUUCAAGCCCCAGAUUGGCUUCCCUCUCGGCUCCUCUCUCCGGAAUUUCCUCUAUUUCACAGAUAAUGGCCAGAUCGUUUUCCCAGAGUCAGAGUACCAGAUUUUCUCCUAUCCCAACCCUCCCCUUGGAGGCUUCACAGGCCAGGACCCUGUGGCCCUGGUGGCUCCAUUCUGGGAUGAUGCUGAUUUCUCCAUCCGCCAGGGAACCAUAUUUUAUCAGGAAUAUGAGACGCUCUAUGAUGAAUACAAUCUAGUGCAUCAGGUGGAGUCUUGGAUCAAAAAGUUCACAAACACCUGGAACUACAAAGCCAGGUGGACCCUAAAGGUCACAUGGGUCAAUGCCCGUGCCUAUCCCGCCCAGUGGACCCUGGGGACCAACACCUACCAGGCCAUCCUUUCCACAGACGGGAGCAGGUCCUAUGCCCUGUUUCUCUACCAAAGCGGUGGUAUGCAGUGGGAUGUGACCCAGCGCCCAAGCAACUCGGUCCUCAUGGGCUUCUCCAGUGGAGAUGGGUAUUUCAAAAACAGCCCACUGAGAUUCCAGCCAGUGUGGGAGAAGUAUCGUCCGGACCUAUUCCUGAACUCCAACUUAGGUCUCAGGGGGCUGCAGGUCUAUAGGCUACACAAGGAAGAAAGGCCCAACCCCCGUCUCAAGUGCCUGCAGUUGUUGAAGAGUCAGCCUCAGUGGCCCCAGUGGAGCUGGAACCAGCUCUCCUGUCCUUGCUCCUGGUGGCAGGGACUACAGGACUUACGAUUCCAGCCCACCAGCAUAGGCUGGGGCCUCCGUGGCAGGUGGCUGUGCAGUUUCUCCUCCUGGCGUGGGGGCGUGUGCUGCAGCUAUGGGCCCUGGGGAGAGCUUCUGGAAGGCUGGAGAGUGCAAAAUCCUUGGCAGUUUGACCAAGAACUGGAGCUGCAGAACUGGUGCUGCCGCUGGAACGACAGGCCCUCCUUCUGCACCCUGUACCAGCAGAGGCGGCCCCGCAUCGGCUGUGCUGGGUACCAGCCCCCGAGGCCCGCCUGGAUGUUCGGGGACCCCCACAUCACCACUUUGGAUGGUGCCAAUUACACCUUCAAUGGGCUGGGGGACUUCCUGCUGGUCCAGGCCCAGGAUGGAAAAUCCUCCUUCCUGCUGCAGGGGCGCACUGCCCAGACUGGCUCAGCUCGGGCCACCAACUUCAUUGCCUUUGCUGCUCAAUACAACUCCAGCAGCCUGGGCCCCAUCACGGUUCAAUGGCUCCUUGAGCCCAAUGACAAAAUCCACGUGCAGCUCAAUAAUCAGACUGUGACAUUUGAGACUAACGGUGAAGACGCAGAAGGCCAGGAGACAUUCAACACCACCGGAGUCAUAAUGACCCGCAAUGGCUCCCUGGUGUCAGCCAGCUUCGAUGGGACAGUGACCAUCUCCGUGACUGCUCUCGCCAACAUCCUCCAUGCCUCUUGCAACCUCCCAGAGGAGUAUCAACACCGCACAGAGGGCCUCCUGGGGAUCUGGAAUGACAAUCCAGAUGACGACUUCAGGAUGCCCAAUGGCUCCACCAUUCCCCCGGGGAGCUCUGAGGAGGUGCUUUUUCACUAUGGAAUGACCUGGAAAAUCAACGAAACAAGUCUCCUUGGCAAGAGGGACGACCACCUGCCUUCCAACUUCACUCCUGUCUUCUUUUCCCAACUGUUGCAAAACAACUCCUCGAGUGAAAAUUUGGUGUCCGAGUGUAACGGAGAUACACAAUGCAUCUAUGAUACCCUGGCCACAAGAAACAUAAGCACUGGACUGCACACCAGGAUGCUCUUUAGAAAAUACCAGCUGAUGAACACCACCCUCAAUCAGUAUCCGCCCUCUAUCGAAGGUCAUCGUGUGGUGGAAGCCUACUUGAGGACAACCAAGCUGAUCCAGUACACCAGCAGCUCUAAUGUCAUGUUCAUUCUCAGAAACAACUACCCCGACAUCAAGCUCUUUGAGAAUGGGACAUUGCUAUGGACACCAACGUCGGUGGAACCAUUCACUCUGGAGAUUCUAGCAAGAAGUGUCAAGGACAACCUGUCAUCUGUACUCCAGCCAAAGACAGUGGUCUGUGCCUGCAAGGCAGAGAGCCAGUGUUUAUAUAACCACACCAGCCGGGCGGGCAAUUCCUCCCUGGAGGUGGCCGGCUGCAAGUGUGAUGAGAACACCUUUGGCCUCUAUUGCGAUCGCUCCAGGGACCUCUGUGAGGAGCAGUGCUUCCCGAAUGUGAAGUGCAUUCCUGGGAGGGGCUGCGAGGCCUGCCCUCCCCACCUGACUGGGGAUGGGCGUCACUGUGCAGCUCUGGAGAACUCCUUACUCUGUCAGAACAAGUCCUGCCCUGUGAAUUAUUGCUACAAUGACGGCCACUGCUACAUCUCCCAGACUGAGGACUGUCAGCCCGCCUGCACCUGCCCCCCAGCCUUCACCGACACCCGCUGCCUCUUGGCUGGGAACAGUUUCACCCCAACUGUCAGUCUAGAGCGUCCCUUAAGAGUCAUCCAGCUCUCACUGAGUGAAGAAGAAAAUGCCUCCAUAGCAGAGGUCAACGCCUCGGUGGCCUACAGACUGCGAAACCUGGAAGUGCGAGCCUUUCUCUGGAACAGCAUCGUGGAACAAAUCAAUCCCACCCAAGCACUGGCCUCAGGAAGCACCCUUCAACACUGGAAGGUCAUCUCGGUAUUCCAGUACCGCCCUCGGGGUCCCGUCAUUGACUUCCUGAACAACCAGCUGAUGGAUGCAGUAGUGGAGGCCUUCUUACUCCAGACCCCGCACGGGAGGUGGAAGAGAAGUGAGGGGCCCAGGAACAACGUGGUCUUCCACCCCCUCUCCAGGGGAGACGUGCGCAGUGUGAUGGCUCUGAACGUGAGCACGCUGGAGACUUACUUCAAAUGCGAUGGCUACGACGGCUACCGCCUGGUCUACGGCCCCCACAGCGGCCUCACCUGCGUGUCCCCGUGCAGUCAGGGCUACUGUGAGCACGGAGGUCGAUGCCAGCACCUGCCCCAAGGACCCCACUGCAGGUGUGUGCCCUUCUCCAUCUACACGCCGUGGGGCGAGCGCUGUGAGCGCCUGAGCGUGAAACUCGGCGCCUUCUUCGGGAUCCUGUUUGGGGCCCUUGGCGCCCUCUUGCUGCUGGGGGUCGUGGUAUUUCUGGUCCUGCGCUUCUGGGGCUGCUCCGGGGCACAGUACUCCUACCCCCUGGACUCGGAAAGCUGAGGCCUCGCCCCAAAGGGGCAGCUGUGGCCUAGAUACCUCAGGACCCACCCCAGCCUCACCUGCCCACUUCCAGGCGCCCUGGCUUUGGGGAGACUGGAAAAAGGAAGGUGACUGAAGGCGAUUCAGGAUUCUUCGAAGAGAGUAAAUAAUGGGAAUGAAUAAUAAUAAAGACAAGACCACACCUUGUCAGUAGACUCAGAGGCGGACAGGAAGAGGCCAUAAAGACCUGCUACAUAAAUGAAUGGAUUCUCACACAAACAUACCCACGAGGACACUGACCUACACACACACACACACACAC